AUGGCGGAGUGGGGAAGUGGGGGGAGAAGGCCAGCUUCCCCAGAAUCCGGCCGAGACUGGACUCGGAGUGACGCCUCGAGCCCUUCCCAACCCCUGCCAGGAGUUCCGAGUUCGGGUCUCCGCGGCCGCUGGCCCGGGGAGCUCGCGGCGCGAAGAGCCGAGCCCGGGGCGGGGGUGCGGGCAGUGGGGCCUGGGCGACGCGCCGGGCGGCCGCGAGGGCUUUGGGAUCGCUGGCCCCACUUCCUACCUGCCCCGACCGGGAGCCAGAGGCAGUGGGCGCCCCGGAAGGCCGCAAGGCCGCCGCUCGGAGCCCGGAGCUCGGGGGCUGCGGCGCUCCGGCCCCGAACGCGGGCCCGGGGCCGGGCGGCAUGGGCGGCGCGGCGGGCCAGGGCGGCGGGACGGCUGCGGCGGCUGCUGGGGAGCGCGGAGGUGGCGCCGCGAGGGGGAGGGGGCGCGGCGGCGGAGGAGGAGGAGCCCGGGCCGCCGCAGCCGCUGACAGCGGCCCGAGUAAACAAGCCGCGCCGCCGCCGCGGCCCGGCCGCUGCCCCCGCCCGCGCCGGAGCCGGAGCCGAGGCCGAGGCCGAGCCCUGCCCUGGUCGCCGGCCCGGCCGAGGCCGCGCCGCCGCUCCUCCCCGCCUCCGCGCGGUGACGCUGCUGCCGGCGCGGGGACCGCGUCGAGCCCAGGCCCCGCCGCCGGUCUCUCCGCUCGGCCGAGGGGCGCCCGAGCCGCCGCGGCGCUCGCCUGGAAAAGUUUCCCCGCCCGGGCUCCCUAGGGUAAGCGGCGAGGGCGCGGGGCCCGGUGGAGGCAGCGCGCCGGGAGCCGGGCCCGAGGAGAGCCGGCCGGACUGGGCCGCUCUGCCGGAGGAGCUGGCUCCGCGGCCCGGGCGCGCAGGCGGGGGAGGGUCGGGGUCGCUGGCGCGGAGGCAGCCCGGGCCCGGCUGCCCGCCCGGCUUUCGAAACUGGCCCCCGGGCCGGCCCCGAGGGUGAAGCCGCGGGGAGCAGGAAGGGCGCCCCGCAGCCCACCUGAGAGCGUCGGGCCCGGCUUGGCUCCCAGCCCUUGUAGGUGCCGGUACUUUUCCGCUUGGGGCCGGGGCAAGCCCUCUGACCUCAGGAAGCGCCAGCGGGGCCCCCGCUGGGGGCGGGAUGGCGAGAGAAUUCCAGAGGCGCCGGGUGCUCCCGCCUCCGGGCCGUCCUUCGGGGGCCGCCGCCGGCUCGCCCACUCCGCGGCUGGGGAGGGCCUGCGCUCCCGCCGGGGGAGGGGAGGAGCGGUUGUUCGCGAGGUGGAGGGAAUUAUUCACCGCCCGGGUCUCGUCCCCGCCUGCACACCUGAGCGGCGAGACACUCAGGUGCGGGAUCCGCGGGCGCUGGGAGGCUGGCUCAGGUAGGUUCUGGGGCUGCCUCCCGCGGAGGCCUGGCCGAGACCCCUGCUGCCCCCGUGGGGUGGCUGGACUGAGGGGCGGCCUGCUUGCCAGACAGGUCUUACAGCAGUCACUUGUCAGGUCAGUACCUGCUCUCCCCGCCAUCCUCUUGACCCUUGCCCCUGGGGGUGCAGACCCUCCUCCACCGGAGGGUGUCAGAAUUCUUUCUGACUUGGGAAGUGGGAGGGGAACCCAGGUGAUGUGGCCUAGUGAGGGCUGGGCAGCUGCUGGCCAGGUGUGGGCACAGCAUAGGAGAGUAGCCAAGCCUGACCCGUCUCAACCAGAGUGGCCGAAGUUUUACGAUAUCCUAUAUUGGGUUUCCACAUAAGAUUUGAUUUUUUAAAGAUUCUGUGGCUUUAAAAAAAA